AUGUCGGAGGAGAUGCAACAGGACUCGGUAGAGUGUGCUACUCAGGCAUUGGAGAAAUAUAAUAUAGAGAAGGACAUUGCGGCCCGUAUCAAGGAGUUUGACAAGAAGUACAACCCCACCUGGCACUGCACCGUGGGGAGGAACUUUGGUAGUUAUGUGACACAUGAAUCCAAACACUUCAUCUACUUCUACCUGGACCAAGUGGCCAUUCUCCUGUUUAAAUCUGGUUAA